CCCGACGAAGGGAGGCAGAGGCUGGAGGAGAGGCGUGGCGGAAGAAAGGUGAUGGGAGUUAAAAUUAUUCCACACAAGUGACCCACUUCUAACUGGAGACACGCAAAAAGGAAGCCCGGUUCUUGUAUCUGAGGAUUUUACCCCCCACCGAAGAUGUCAGCGUCGGCGUUAUUUAUACUGGACCUGAAAGGGAAGGUCUUGAUCAGCCGUAACUACAUGGGAAACAUGGAUAUGAAUGAGAUUGACUACUUCAUGCCAUUUCUAAUUAAGCGGGAAGAAGAGGCAGAGAUGACUCCACUGAUCACCCAUGGCUCCUCACACUUUCUGUGGAUCAAACACAGCAACCUUUACCUGGUGGCCAUGACCAAAAAGAAUGCCAAUGCUGCUCUGGUGUACUCCUUCCUUUAUAGAAUUGUUCAGGUGUUUCAGGAGUAUUUUAAGGAGCUGGAGGAGGAGAGUAUUCGCGACAACUUUGUGACUGUGUAUGAACUGAUGGACGAAGUCAUGGAUUUUGGAUUCCCACAAACAACUGAUAGCAAGAUUCUUCAAGAGUACAUUACCCAGCAGGGUCACAAACUUGAGGUUGGAGCUGUUCGACCUCCUGCCACUGUCACCAAUGCUGUGUCUUGGAGGUCAGAGGGCAUCAAGUACAGGAAGAAUGAAGUUUUUAUGGAUGUCAUUGAGUCAGUAAAUCUAUUGGUGAAUGCCACUGGCAGUGUCCUGCGAAGUGAAAUAGUGGGCUGCAUUAAGCUUAAAGUGAUCCUUUCAGGGAUGCCUGAACUCAGACUGGGCCUCAAUGACAAAGUGCUGUUUGAAAUCACAGGCAGAGACAAGAGUAAAACCGUGGAGCUAGAGGACGUAAAGUUUCAUCAGUGUGUCCGUCUGUCGCGCUUCCAGAAUGACCGCACAAUUUCUUUCAUCCCCCCUGAUGGUGAGAGUGAGCUCAUGUCCUACCGGCUCAACACAAUGGUGAAGCCAAUCAUAUGGAUCGAGAGCGUGAUAGAGAAGUUCUCCCACAGCCGCGUCGAGAUCAAGGUGAAGGCUCGUAGUCAGUUUAAGAGCCGGUUAACUGCCAACAAUGUGUCCAUUUUGGUGCCAGUGCCCAGUGAUGCCGACUCACCAAAGUUCAAGACCAGCACAGGCAGUGCCAAGUGGGUGCCCGAGAAGAGUGUGGUGCAGUGGAACAUCAAAUCUUUCCCUGGUGGCAAGGAGUACCUGAUGCGGGCACACUUUGGGCUACCCAGUGUGGAGAGUGAUGAGUUGGAUGCAAAAAAACCAAUCAUUGUUAACUUUGAGAUCCCUUAUUUUACUGUAUCUGGCAUUCAGGUGCGCUACCUAAAGAUUAUAGAAAAGAGUGGUUACCAGGCCUUGCCCUGGGUGCGCUACAUCACUCAAAGUGGAGAUUACCAGCUCCGGACAAACUAAAGGGCAAAGACGCUGCUAGACGAAUGGCUCUCUGUGGCUUCUUCCCCUGUCCUUAUGUCUCUCUGAGUGGGACAGAAGGAAAAUCUUCUCUCAUUUUGUGCAAAAAUACGUUCUUCUUUUACACCAUAAGUGUAAUGUAAUGUAUUUAUAGUUAAGGCUUUCCCUUUUUAUGUAACUCACGUGGAGGUUUAUUGUCAGCGACAUUGAGAAACAUUGAGAGAAAAAGAAAAUCCCCUUUUAAAAGUUUAAAUGAAUGAAUUUCUAGUACAUUAUAUUUUCAAAUUUUGCAGCUCAAUGAAUCAAUGCCAGCCAGUGGAUAACCACAUUGCCAAAUAUUCGUGUAAUUUAUUUCAUCAUCAUGAAAACGUUUACCGUUUUAUAAUCUGGUUGUGUCUUUGUUAUAAAUUUUUUUUGUACUACAUAAAUCUCUUACUCUCUGAGGCAGAAUGGUUAUGAAAACAUCUGUCGUAUCUUUAUUGCCUUAAAUAAAUUGUUGUUGUAUCAUCACCCGUACCACUGUGAACAUAAUCCUCAGUCAAGUGAACCUAACACCAGCCGGCAGGUCAAUGAUUAAUAAGUGACAAUAUUGUCUGAGACUUUGGCAGUGUAAUAUUACACCACUGACAACCCCACAUGCUGAGCCUGUAACCUUGCAGCAAAAUCCACUUGCAGCUUUGACGAGUCUUCAACAGUGAGUUGGAUGCAAAAAUGCUGUCUUCUUAUCUUUUUAUACUAUCACACCUAGAGAAGUUAACAUAGUCUAAAGGGAUUGCUUGAAAAUAUGUAUAUGCAUGUGUCUUUGCAUAACUCGUUUUGUUCUGCCCACACACAUGUGAAGAUGCAUAUAGUUGUCCCAAAGAGUUAGGAGUGCACUGUUGUUCAAUUACUCGUGUAUACAUUGUACCAUUCACACAUUAGCUCAGAAACACCACUAUUGCAAUAGAAGUCAUUUUAUUACUGAAUAAAAACCUGUUAAAUAUGAAA